GAUGUUAGGAGCUUGAAAACAGAGUUUUCCUUCUCUGCCAUCAAUUGCUAUUAAAUGCUCAGCGCUCUGGUUUCACUGGGUCUUGGGUUGGAUUUGCAUGAAAGGGAUUUGCAUGAUAUGACACUCACCCAUAACUGCUAGGACAAUGCUGAAUAGAUCAGAAAUGAACCACAUUGCAGUUUUAAGGUGCUCACACUUCACAUGUGAUCUUUGCUAGUUGCCCCCAGAUUUUACCAGAAUAGAUAUAAUCAGUCAUCAUUUUCCAGGGAAGCCUGCAUUGGACAUUUUGAUGAGCAGAAUUCACAAAAAUUUCCAAAACAAAAGGAAUUACACUGCCUCAAGAAUUGGGGUGGGGAGGGGAGGGGGGAAUGCAAGGAAGAAAACUGAAAAGAGGACCAAAAGGAAAUUCAAGGCUGGAACUUUAGACCAGAUUCUUUUCCAUGGUUUUGUUCGCAGCAUUCCACUGAAGAAAAUAAAGGAUCGUGACAAAUAUUAUUUAUUGUUCUAACAUAAAUCGCACGUGCCACUGAGUAUUAAUGUAUUUUGUACUCGUGGUUUGCUUUUGGUUUUACAGUUUUCGGAUAUGAUGGCUCUGUUCCAGAUUCUAAAAAGCCUGUCCUUUACUGGAGGAAUAACACUCUCUGGGGGACCAAAAUUAUUCAUAAGCCUAUUUGCUCCUGCUAGGAGAUUGAUUAUUUCUAUAUCUUCUUUCUCUUUACGUUCUUUAGCAACUCAACCACCGUAGGCUUUUUGCUAAUGCAUACAUGGCAUUCCAUAAAGCUACCAGUCUGACUCUGAUCAUUUCACAUUUCCCCAAAAUAUGAAGUGUAUUAGUGCCUAAUUCUCUUCAUCCACACAGUGGGCAAUUGAUGCUACUAUUAGCUGUUUCUUCCUGAGGUUUAAAGAAGACGUUUUUAAAUGGGUCUCUCUGGGAUUCCAAGCUUUCAGGCCUCAAUGUUUUUAGUAGGAUUUGGAUCUGACAUUUUCUUCCAUGACAUUUAAGGAAGAUUUAGUGGCAGGACAGCAGGUGCUGAUCUAUUUUGCUCCCUCGCUCAUAGCUGGCGUGCUACUCAUGGAAAGAAGCCUCGUCUAAUGUUACAGCGGUGCUCAUUACAGGAAGAUGGGAUGCAACACACAAGACCUUUCCUUUGCCUAUUGACUUGGUAUCUAAUAUUCCUUCUCCGGAAUGGACUCCCAGUUCAAAAAGAAUGAACCACACAGCCCCAGGUUUUAUCAUUUGGAGCUUUAUGACUCUCUUGAAGAUUUAGAAUUUGUUCCAGAGGAACCAUUUCAAAGGCGAGACCUAUCCAUGUGUGACAACAAGGCAACACAAGAUACAGAGAAGCAAACCACACCUCAUGUGGCGUAUCAGGAUCAGCAACUCACAGAGAAUGCAAGAGAAGAUCAUGAGAAGGGUGGCAAUAACAUUCUUGGGGAUGAGAAAGCAAGCAGACAGUCCUACCAAGAGAAAGAACUGUACUGUAUUACUUGCUGUGUUCCAGUGAGACCCUCCAAUAGCAAGUAUGAUGAACACCAAGAGCACGAAGUCAUGUCUCUUGCUGCUGUGGUGGAAAUCGCAAAGGAUGAGCUUCGAAAAAACAUUGGCCGAUUGGAAGACCAGAUAGCAUACCUGGAAAACUUUUCUAGCCACUUGGAGGAAAUUUUUAUUACAGUAGAGGAGAAUUUUACCAGGCAGGAGCAGAACUUUGAGAAGCAUUACAAUGACAUAAUACAGAUCCUUGAGCAACGAUAUGAAGAAAACAUGCAGGCUUUGGGGGAGGAAAAGAAAGAGAAACUGGAAGCUUUGUAUAAACAGCUGGUCAGCUGUGGAGAAAACCUGGAUACUUGCAAAGAUCUGAUGGAAACCAUUGAAAAUCUUGACCAGGGUGAAAAAAAAGUGGAAGCCAUAAAGACUGCAGUUGCAACAGUACACAGAUUGCACAACUUCUUGAAAAAGGAUGUGAACGUAGAUCUCUCAACUCCAGCAGAGUUUGUAGACCGAGUCAUUGAUUUCUCAGACAUUCAGGAACUAAUGGAGUCUGUUAAUUCUUUCCCAAUGUCUUCACCUCCUUGUGCACCAGUGAUGAAUGCUCAGGAUCCCAAUUCAGCUACGGGGACGUCUGUGAAAGUCUGCUGGAGCUUUUUCUCAGAAGACAUUGUUGAAAGCUACCAACUCUAUUACAAGCGAGUGAGCAAUGAUACAUCAGACGAGGAGCAAGAAGUUGCAGAGUUUAGGCGAAAUGUGAAAGAAACCUACUGUACAGUUACUCAUCUGGCACCGAACGCACAAUAUGAAUUUUGGGUAAAGGCGGUAAACGGAGCUGGGGUCAGCUCAGCGAGUGAAAGAGCAGUGUAUAUGACAGCUCCUUUGCCACCUGUUAUUGAAGAGAAGGUGAUUCAGAGCUGUGAACACUCCGCGCUGGUACGAUGGGACCGUGACGAUACUAACCCUGUGGAUUCUUACACCGUUGAAUUAUCCAAGCUGACGGGUGGAGAUGGAGGAGAGAUUCUUACUGAAUCUGUUGUUGGAAUUCCAAACUGUGAGACACUGAUUCAUCUGGAGCCAAGGCAGAAUUACCUCCUGUUUGUGAAGGCCAUCAAUAUGGGAGGUUCUAGUGAAAGGAGUGAGCCUAUAUCCAUCCUUAGCACAGGAACUGUGUUUACCCUCAAUGAAAAUACAGCCCACCCCUUGCUGACCAUCCUGGAAGAUGGGCUGACAUUGGCCUGCCACAAAACCAAGAGCCCCCGAAGAGACCUAUCCUUUGGCGAGGACAGUUUUACAAGAUCCAUUGCUAUAUUGGGACACCCAAUCCCGUUCCAAGGAAAACAUUACUGGGAGGUGGAUGUUGAUGAGAACAUUGACUAUUGCAUUGGCGUGGCUUCUGAAAAUGUACCAAGAGACGACUAUUUGGGCGCAAGCCAUUCCUCCUGGUGUAUGAAGCAUACCAUUACUCCCUCCAGCCACAUCUACGAAUUUCUGAAUGAUGGGAUGACACCGGACAUCAAGAUCACUGUUCCUCCCCAGAGGAUUGGCCUCCUGCUGGACUAUGAUGAAGGGACUCUGUCGUUUUUUAACACUGAUAUCAUGCAACACUUGUAUACCUUCCACACCAGCUUUCAAGAUUUUGUGUGUCCCUGUUUUGCAGUGGAAAAGGUUGGCGUGCUCAAGAUUCGAAACGGCAUUGCAGUACCCCCAUUUAUUGUUUUGUGAUUGAGGAUAGCAAAACAGCAUUCUUUAUAUGCAAUGUGGCACACUUUCAGCUCCCCCUCCCAACCUUUUCUCUUUCUCCCCAAAACAGUCUGCAUUAUUUAUUUAUUAACUUUAUUAGUGUGUGAGACAAGACCCUGUUGUGCAAAAAGCAAAUGCUGUUUCAAACGUGUCUCUUGCUGUUUAUACAGAAAAGCACUUAGCCUAACAGCUUCAUUUACACAAAUAUUAAACUUGGUUAGUGUUAACCUAAUGAGUUGUGGGGUUUCUCUUUUGUUUUGUUUUUUGCAACUUGAGUUAUUUUGCAAA